AACUAGAAUUAUGUUCCCCUCAAACGCCCAAUUGUGCCCAAUUGCCUGAACCAACCGAUUGUCUAUCGUUUUUCAUAUUUUUCUUCACAUUUUGUUGUGUAAACUCAUCGAAGUAGCAUCGCAAUAUUCAGUUCUUAAAUUUUCAUUUUUCAACUUACUUAAUUUGUCCAAUUUUCAUACAACCAGCUUUAUUUUGUUAAUCAAAUAAAUCACAAAAAACAUUUGAUUGCAAUAUGAUGUCGUCACAACCUGGUGAUAUUGCAGCAGGAUCAAGAAGAUCAGGUGGUUUAGGUGGACCCCAGGAACAUGGUCCACGUAAUGGAAAAUUUGAAAAAAGAGCACAAUCAAAAAGAAGAUUUAGAAAUUCAUUUAAUAAAGAUGUUGUUGGCCCAUCUGAUUCAUCUGGUCAAUCAAAUCCUCGUCAAAAUACAUCAUCAUCAACUACUCAUGGUGGUACAACUUCUGAUUUUUCAACAAUACCAUCUUGGUUCAAAACAUACAUGGAAGAGUUUAAACGUCAAGUUGUUACUGAAAUAAGUCAAAAAGUGAUUAAACAUUUUUGUGCAUCACGUGAUGAUGAAGUAGCCCGUCAGCGUCAUAAGACAAGUUAUUUUUCAUUGAAAAAACGUUAUGCUGAAUUGGAAGAACAACUUAAUGAUGAACGUGCUAAGAAUGGAUCACCGAUGGAUAAUCGUGAUAGUACAUUUGAUCGUUAUAAACGUACAACACGUGAUGAUGAACGUAAAAAUAAUCAAGAUGAUGAUGAUAAUAAUAAUAGACAUGGUUAUCGUAGAAGAGGUGGUAAUUACAAUGGAUUAUCAUCAAAUGCAAAUGAUGAACGUAAAAAAGAUGAUGAUCGUAAAACACUUCGUUAUGAUGGAGCACCAACAACAGUUGUUGAUUCACCAGUAUGUGAAAAUAGCGAUUGUGAUUCAGUUCUUCAAGUUGUUCAUGAUAAUAAUGAUGAUUCUGAAAAGACAAUUGAAUCUCAAGAAGUUAUUAAAGUUGAUGUACAUGUUGAUGCUGAAAAUACACAAACAAUUGUUGAUGAUGCAAAUCAAAAUACAGUUGAUGAUACAAGUAAAAAUGAAGAUGAUGAUUCAAGUAAAAAUGCAAAUGAUGAUACAAGUAAAAAUGCAGAUGAUGAUGCAAAUAAAAAUGCUGAAAUAAAUACUGUAUCAACUGAUGCUAUUGAAAAUCAAUCAAAUUUUACUGAAAAACUUGAUGACAUUUUGAAGAAUCCAGUUUCAAAUAAUGCAUAUACAAAUAAUGUUACUAAAAAAAUUGAAUUAUUAAAUGCUGAUAUGUCUGAUGAUAAUAUAAAAGAAUUACUUGAAAAAUUAUUUGAAAAAGUUCAAGUAGCACCAAGUCUUUCUGAUUUUUACAGUAUUUUAAUGGCAAAAGUUGCCAAUGAACGUUCAAAUUAUAUAAAAAUACAAAAAAUACUUGAUAAUGUUUGUGAUGAACAACUUGGUAAUUCAACUUAUGAAAAAAUAUUAUUUAUUUGUGCAUUGUAUGAACAACAUUUACUCUGUUUUGAAUUUAUGUCAAAGAGCAUUAUGAAAUUCAUGAAAUUUGAUAAUGAUAAUGAUAUUGAAUGCUUUAUUGAAUUACUUGAAGCUGUUGGUGAAAAUUCAGGCUUUUGGAAAAAUUCAAAGCUCUUUGAGAUAAUGGAAAAUAUUGUUGCUAAUGAAGAGGUUCAAGAUGAAAGGGUCAUGAAGCACAUCAACAGAAUUAUUCAUACUGUCAACACUUCAAUGUCUGAGUAAUUUAUUCAACAAUUUUAUUAUUUCUUUAUUAUUUUUCCUGGCUUAUAUAUUUUAUCUAUGAAAAAAUGAAAAAAAAAAGCCAUAUUUACUUAAUUUAUUACUUCAAACUAUUUAAAUAUAUUUAAACUUUAUUUUUUUUUUUCCUUUUUUUCUCAAAAUGAGUCAAACUCAGACACGUGUAGGUAACGAAGCCUAUCUUCAUUAUUUUUUUUUUUGUUUUCUUUUCCAAUUAAAAAUUUGGAGUUAUGUUUAUUAUCUUUUUUUUUUCAAUUAAAGUAAUUUGUUUUUUUCUUAGUUUAAUUUUGUCAACGUUGACAAUAAUAUAUAUCACAGGAUGAUGUAUUUUUUUUGUUAGUUAAUAAGAUGUUUAAAUAAAUGAAAAAUAUUUCCUUA